CUUAAUAUUUUUUUAAUGUGUCAACUUUUCUUACUUUUAUCAAACGUAUUCGAAAUGCAGUCUACAUAUAAAAAAAAAAAAAGUAUUUCAUAAUAUUUAAUAUUUUAUUUUAGCUGCAUAACUAGAUGGCGCUAUGAAGUGACAAUAAAAUGAUGUCCUAUUACUCCAGUAAGUGGAAAGUAUUAGAUAAAAGAAAAGACAUUGUAAAAUAUUUAAAUGUGUAUUCUUAAUGUCCCUAAUUUUCCACAAUAAACUUUUUCUUGUCAAGAAUAUUUUUAACAAUUUGUUCUAAUUUAAAGCAAAUGUUCAUAGUGGUAAUACUGUGUAUAAGGGUAUUCGUUUUACCACAACGUUGGCACCACCAAGGUGGUAUCCAACACAUGACCGGCAAUAAGUGUUUUUAUCAAAAUGAAAAAUAAUAUUCAAAAAUUAACAAACUUCGUAAGCAAAAUUCUUUAUGGGCAUAAGACUUUCAAUAAUGUAAGUGCUAAACUUGAAAGUGCAGUAGCUAACACAAAAGAUCAACUUGCUAAUGAAUUUAAAGCGGUACCAUUGCAAUCAGAAAAACCAAUGCCACAUAGACUCGUUAUUUGGUGGCAAUGGUAUCAACAAUUGACAGGUUUACAUUCCGUGGAGAAAGCUAGACAACAAGUCAUUUUAUUACAAGAUCUUUUAAUGAAAUGCCAAGAAAAGAGACGUACUGCUCGUCAAGAAGCAUUUAUGAUAAAUAACAGAAUAAAAGAAAUAUAUAGCGAGAUGUUAAGCACAAAAAGAGAGGAUCCAAAGUACGUCAAAUUGACGAUGGAAGAAAAUAAUAGUCUCCGAGAACAAAGUAUAAUUACUGAAAAAUUAAUUUUAUUAGAAGAAGAAGAAAAAGAUAAUUUUUUAUAUUUAACAACCACUAUUAAAGAAUAUCACGAUGCCCAAACAAUGUAUUCUCAUAAACACAAGUAUGUAACUAUCUUGGCAACUAUAACUUCUGCAAUAUUAUCAAUUAUAUGUUCACUGAUAUAUCAAAGUAAAAGGUCAGAGGACAUGGAGACAAUUCUAUCUUUAUUACAAAAAAAUAAUGAAUCUAAUAUUAAGAAAAAUUUCGAUUCCUUAAAACAAUAUUUCGAAGGCAAAAUGUCUAAUGAUACAUCUUCAAACCAAGUACAAGAGCAAUCACAAAAUACGUGGGAAACUACUAAAUGGGCUUUAUAUAUAAUUACAGCUAUUCUGGCCUUGAAAAUGUUAAACUUCUAAAAAAGCUGAACUUUCGGUGAAACAGUUUAUUCUAUAUUAUUUUUUCCGAAUAUUUAAAUAUAGUAGCGAUAAUAAAAUAAGUUGU